CCAGGGCGACACACAAUCUAACGCCGUGUAAAAUAACGCAUUGCUCGUAAGUACCUCAAUAUUAAGUAAUACUAAAUAUUAAUUUGAUUUUCAUGGACUAUUUCAGUCGCGGUUAUGAAGUAAGAAAGUGCAACAUUAAUAUCACCCCCAUAUUGUUUUAAGUAUCAAUUACUUUAAUAGUGAAAAGAAAUAGACGCUGCUCGAUAGCUAGAAAUUGACCUCUGAGAGCCGACGAUGAAGUAAAAAGAGUAGAAAGCAGAUAACCAAUAAUUUAAUUGUAAGUUAAUAUCUGUGGAGAGUAUGUGAUAAUACAAUCAAAAUACGUAUGGUGCUUGAGAAGAAUAUUAAAUAUUCCUUUUCUAAGGUGUCAACUUCUCUACACAGGAAAAUGGACAACGUCGAUCAAGAAACACUAUUUUCACCAUCGAUGUGGAAUAAAAGAACAAGUCCGGAGAAAGUAGUGACAAACUUCCUGAAGCUUGGCGAGGAAGUUACCAUUCGCGCCCGGGAAAAUACCAAGUGUAAACUCGACGUUCCUUAUGGACCCUCCGUAAAAACUAAGUAUGACGUCUAUGGCAUUGAUCUACCAAAUGAUGCUCCGAUAUUUGUAUUCAUACACGGUGGAUACUGGCAAGAAACGAGUAAAAAUGUUAUCGCAUUUCCGGUAGAAAACUGUGUGUCAGAAGGCAUAAAGGUUAUUUGCGUUGGCUAUGACUUAUGUCCCAACGUCCAACUGCGUGACAUCGUACUUCAAAUUAAGUCCGCUACGCAUCAAAUUCUUGAUAGUGCGGCCAAAUCUGGAUCUCGGGGCGUUUGGGUGGGUGGUCACAGUGCUGGGGCACAUUUGUCGGCUAGUUUACUGGAACCAAAAUGGCUUGUGGAUGAACCAAACAGUACAUUGCUCAAAGGACUUGUGCUUCUCAGUGGUAUUUACUUUCUGGAACCACUACUUACAACUUCGUACAACGAUCGGUUGAAACUGGACAGCAAAGAAGCAAGAUUCAUGAGUGCCCUGAGUGUAUUGCACGCCCCUGUUCCGAACUUGAAAGCAAUGGUUGUGGUCGGAGAAUGUGAUUCUCCUGAAUUUAUAGAACAAGCGCGCCAAUUGACCAAGCAACUCUGUAGCUACAUGGACAACGUGGAAUAUAUAUUACUUCGAGAUAGUAUCGAUCACUAUAGUAUGUUGGAAAAUUUGACAAUUAACGAUUUUCCGCUCACCAAACGAAUAGUGAAACUUAUAAAAGGUACUUUCGAUUAAAAUUUAUGCACAGAUUUAAUUACUCUUAGUCUUUGUUGAGGGACUUAGAAGAAAGGUAUCUGCUCCUGAAUUUGUAAAAAAGCAAUCAAUUUAAUACUCAACGAAUACAAGAAAAUAAUAUAUGUAAUACUUACAAUAAAUAAUACAAUAGAUGAUUAA